GGAAAGAGGUCCGCGCGCUCUCCCAGACAGAGCCCCGCUCGGGCCCGGGGCAGGGCAAGGGUCGCAGGACAGCCGCGAGGUCCGCCCCGGCCAGCGCAGGGAGUCUGCGCGUGCGCGCUAGCAGGCCUGGAGCGCGCGUCCGGCGCGGAGGGGCAGCGGAGGCAGGGCCGCGGCCGCUCGCAGGGUGUCCCCGCCCCCGACCCCCGGCGUUUCGCGGUCGCCGUGACAACCGGAGCGGCGGCAACGGCUGCGGGCGCGCAAGUCCGGCGCCGCCUCCCGGCCGCACAGCCAGCCAGGCAGGCAGCUGCCGCCUGGCUUUGCAGCUAUCCCCGCCUCCUGGCCCGCGGGGAGGGACCUGCCCGCCCUCCGCUCGCCCGCCAGCCCGCGGGAGAGUGAGCGGCACUCGGGCUGCCCCGCCAGCCCGCCGAUCCCUGGCCACCGUCCGGGCGCGCGCAGCGAGCAGGCGCGACUAUGCCAAGAUGGUCCUGCAGGCGCGGAACAAGCACCGAGAGGCAGCCCCUAAGCCGCCCCGCGCCUCCCGGUCGCCGCUGAGAGCGGCGCCGGACGCUGGCGCUGAGGAACCCGGGCCCGAGCGCGCGCCUCCGUCACCCGGGCGCAAGGGCGCCGCGGGCAGGAAGGGGCCCCGUGCUGAGCCCGUCGCGCCGCCCGCCGGGGGCGGUCUCCGGGGACGCCUGGCGGCCGGGCUGCGCGGGGCGCUGGGCCUGCGGCGCGCGGGGCGCGGCCGGACCUGGACCACGCUCUUGCUAGCUGCCUUUGCAGCAGUAUUGCACUGGAGCCAUAUAACACACCUCUUUGAAAAUGAUCGUCAUUUUUCUCACCUCUCAACUUUGGAAAGGGAGAUGGCUUUUCGCACUGAAAUGGGACUAUAUUAUUCCUACUUUAAGACUAUUGUGGAAGCACCUUCAUUUUUGAAUGGAGUAUGGAUGAUUAUGAAUGAUAAGAUGACUGAAUACCCCCUUAUUAUUAAUACAUUAAAAAGAUUCAAUCUUUAUCCUGAGGUAAUCUUAGCCAGCUGGUACCGGGUUUAUAUCAAAACAAUGGACUUGAUUGGUAUUCAAACCAAGACAUGUUGGACGGUUACCAGAGGUGAAGGACUCAGUCCUAUUGAAAGCUGUGAAGGAUUGGGAGAUCCUGCUUGCUUUUAUGUUGCUGUGAUUUUUAUUUUAAAUGGACUAAUGAUGGCAUUAUUCUUCAUAUAUGGCACAUAUUUGAGCCCCAGCAGUCCCCUGAUGGCAGUUUCCUCCCUUCAUGGAAGAUUCAUGUUCAUUUGUAAAGUAUAUACCAAGUCGUUUCUUUUUGAGACUGCCUGUUUCAGUGCUGAGAGUGUGGCCGUGAGUGGCAGCCGGUUAGGAGGCCUGGUUACAGUGUUAUGCUUCUUUUUUAAUCACGGAGAGUGUACCCGGGUGAUGUGGACACCACCUCUCCGCGAAAGCUUCUCAUAUCCAUUCCUUGUACUUCAGAUGUUGCUUGUGACUCAUAUUCUCAGGGCUACAAAACUUUAUAGAGGAAGCUUGAUUGCACUCUGCAUUUCCAAUGUAUUUUUCAUGCUUCCCUGGCAGUUUGCUCAGUUUGUACUUCUUACUCAGAUCGCAUCGUUAUUUGCAGUAUAUGUUGUGGGAUAUAUUGAUAUAUGCAAAUUGCGGAAGAUCAUUUAUAUACACAUGAUUUCUCUGGCACUUUGUUUUGUUUUGAUGUUUGGAAACUCAAUGUUAUUAACUUCUUAUUAUGCUUCCUCCUUGGUAAUUAUUUGGGGUAUACUGGAAAUGAAACCAUAUUUCCUGAAAAUAAAUGUACCUGAACUUAGUUUAUGGGUUAUCCAAGGAUGUUCUUGGUUAUUUGGAACUGUCACACUCAAGUAUUUGACAUCUAAAAUCUUUGGCAUUGCAGAUGAUGCUCACAUUGGCAACUUAUUAACAUCAAAAUUCUUCAGUUACAAGGAUUUUGAUACUUUAUUGUAUACCUGUGCAGCCGAGUUUGACUUUAUGGAAAAGGAGACUCCGCUGAGGUACACAAAGACGCUGUUGCUCCCAGUCGUUCUCACCGUGCUCAUUGCGGUUGUCGGAAGGAUUAUUAGUGACAUGUGGAAUGUCUUAACUAAACGACAAACACAUGUAAGAAAACAGCAGUUUGAUCAUGGAGAGCUCGUUUAUCAUGCAUUGCAACUCUUAGCGUAUGCAGUCCUUGGCAUUUUAAUCAUGAGACUAAAACUCUUCUUGACACCACACAUGUGUGUCAUGGCAUCCUUGAUCUGCUCAAGACAGCUAUUUGGAUGGCUCUUCUGCAGAGUACAUCCUGGUGCUGUUGUUUUCGCUGUAUUAGCAGCAAUGUCAAUACAAGGUUCAGCAAAUCUACAAACCCAGUGGAAUAUUGUAGGGGAGUUCAGCAAUUUGCCACAAGAAGAACUUAUAGAAUGGAUCAAAUAUAGUACCAAACCAGAUGCAGUGUUCGCAGGUGCAAUGCCCACAAUGGCCAGUGUGAAACUCUCUGCUCUUCGACCUGUUGUGAAUCAUCCACACUAUGAAGAUGCAGGUUUGAGAGCCAGAACGAAAAUAGUAUACUCAAUGUAUAGUCGAAAACCAGCUGAAGAAGUAAAGAGAGAAUUGAUAAAAUUACAAGUGAAUUAUUACAUUCUAGAAGAGUCCUGGUGUAUAAGAAGAUCCAAGCCUGGUUGCAGUAUGCCUGAAAUCUGGGAUGUGGAAGAUCCUGCUAAUGCUGGGAGACCUCCUUUAUGCAACCUCUUGGUGAAGGAUUCCAAGCCUCACUUCACUACUGUAUUCCAGAACAGUGUUUACAAAGUCUUAGAAGUUAUAGAAGAAUGACUGCUGCCUACAGAGAAGUACAUCAGUAAUGGUUUCAAUGUUUUGCUGAUAGCUCAUGCCUUGUUUUUAAUUCAAAUCCCAAAAACUUCUAUAGGUAACUGUUUUCAAAUAGAAAACGUUUGAUUUGGUCAGUUUGAAUGUCAUUCUGAUUGUAAAACAUUUAAACCUUUAUCAGUUGGUUAUUGUUUCAAUGCACCCCUUAAAAUUUGCUAUGCAAAUGAGUAUAUGCUUGUACUUGACUUAAACAUUUGUGCUAAAGUGAGCAAAGCCACAAGUAUAAAAGCUAUGAUGAGUCAUGACAAGGAUGAUAUGAAAAUAUGGUCAGUUUGAACUACGGAGGGGCUUCUUUUACAGAUUAUGGACUAUUGAUGCCCCUUGCUUCUUUUUCUGCCUCUUGCACUUGUCUUUGGACAUUUCAAUAAUCACCUUAGUCAUGUUGGUCCCUGUCAUCAGCAUCACUAGGAGUAGGUGGGGCAGACAUUUGCUAUGUGGAAUUAUUUGUUUAUUUCACUUCUUCAUGUUCUUUUGUUCUCUGUUGCUCUUGUUAAGGAUGCAUUUCCUGCCCAUGAUUAAGCCAAACUCUUAGACCUAGUGGUCAGGAUCAAAUUCUUUAACUAUGUCCAUGUGGCAUUAGUGUGUCCUCUCUUUCUCUCCCAGCAUUCUUUGUGAAAGAAGUGUUGUUUACUCAGUUUCUGUGCUUAUCAAGUACUUAUUCUUGGUUAAAAAAAAUGUAAUGGCAUUUGUGUAUUUUUCUCAUUUUUAGUAUUAUUCAAAUAUUUAUAUUUUAAUACCUUUAAACCACUUAAAAUUUUUCAUGUUUAAUUGUAGUUUAAGAAAAACUAUUUUGAACAACACAGGUUUAAUGCAUCUAGAAACUAAUGUAUAUUUGAAUAGACAUAAUUUAUAGUAUAAUAGUAGACUACAGUAUGUGUUUUCUUUUACUAUAAAGAUACAAUAAAAUGAGACUAAUUUUUCUGUCAAAAAAUAAGUAAAUAAUGAUAAGUGAAUGGAAUUUUUAUAUUUUACUUUUCAAAUUGCCUGUCUUUAAUAAGACAAAGCCUUAAGCCUUAUGUUUUAAUUUUGGUUCAAAAACCAUCAUUUCAGUACGAGGAAUGAAUGUAUACAUCCUUCCUCUCUAUUUCUUUCUUUAUUUUUAUUUUGAAAAAUUUCUAAACAUGCUUUGAAUUCCUAGUGUGAAUUUUUCUUAGAAGUUAAUUUGUGUGAAAUGAGAUUCUUCAAAACAGUGAAUCCUCAUAGCUCUGAAAUGGUUUUAAGAUUUUAAAUUCUAAGCAAACCAUAACUCUAGGCAGAGUACACAUUUAAUUAUACAGUGUUCUCUUUAUUAACCACAGGCAGAUUAACCUCAUUGUGGAUUGUCCUUGAGACCUGAGUCCUCAGGGAUGGUUUCCGGUGCCCACUCCUAGGAGCCACUGAAGAGCUGUUCUUUUUUUGCCUUGUCACCAGAGGCCAAGGACAAGCCUUGUCUCGCACUAGCUUGCUUAGAGCAGACAGCUGCAAAGGCAGCCCCGGCUGCAGGGUGUGCAGCCCCCAGCCUGCCCCAGAGCCCACGUUCCCAGGGAGCCUCCUUCCAGCCUGAGAUUCAUCAGUAUCUUUAGGUGCCUGCCCCCUCUUUGUUGCUUGCUGAGUGACUUAUCUGGGGGUGCUUUUGCCAGUUUCAGAAAACAGGGAAGCAGCUGGGGAGUUGUGGAUUAGGAGUAGAAUCUGAGUGAUGAUGCAGCAAUCCAGAGAAAGGAGAAGAGGGCACUUGAGGCCAAGGAGGAGGAGGCGCGUCACUGGGUGGGCAGGGGGCACGUGUGCUCUGCUCUAGCUGUGGAUUUGGGUGCAGCUCUCACCCAAAUAUGGCUGUUUUGUACAUCUAGCAGUUAAUUUUUUUUUUAAUCAUACUUUUCAAGUUAUUCUUUAUUUUUCUCACCCUCCGAGAAUUCCCUUCCUGAUAAGGUAACAUGUAAUGACUGGAAAUUCUGUACAGGAAAAACAUUUAAAUACUGCUCUUAACUAUUCCAUAUUGCUGUGAAAAGUUUAGACUAGUCAAAUUUGGUUUUCCUUUUUUUCCAAAAGAAUCCUUUUGUAAUGGUAUUUAUUAAUAUAGCUCCACCAGCAAGUUACGAUUAUGUUUUAGGUCAGUCAGUUUAGAAUGUAGGCCUUGGGCUGCAUUGCACACUCAGUUUUGGUCCUAUCUGGUAGCAGCCGGUGCUGUAAAUUAUAAAUAUCUUUUAUGGCAACACAGAGUAGUACUAGGUUCCAUAUACAUGACAAAGCAGUAUUAAAGCCCAGUAUUUUAUGCAUUUUUAGCAUUUAAAAAUAUUUUCGCUUUACUGUGAAGAAUGUAAGGAUGGGCAAGAAGGUGAUACAAGUGGCUAUUGCUAUUACACACAGGAAAGCUGGGGCAGUAUUUCUAUAGAAAGAUAAGCCUCUAAAAAUGCUUAGCAGGAAAAGUAUAGUGUUAAAAAUAGGGCAGCAAUGUUAAGGAGGAAAAUGAAAGGACGUAUCAGGAAUAAAGUGAUAUUCCAUAGGAUUAUUGUAUUUUUAUGAAUUUUAUGCCAGUUGUUUACAUGUAUUACUAUGUAAAAUAAAAAGGAUCACGAAAAAUAUGAAA